GCGAACAGAGCCGCCUAUCUCUGUCUCUCUUUGUCGUGUAUCAUCGUAAAGAAGGCUACCCACAUCUCCCUUUGACUACAAUACACUACACUACACUACAAUACACUACAAUACAAUACAAUACCAUGCUGAACCGCCAACAAGUGCAGUCGUUCAUGGCGUUUCUUCCCGACUGGUGUCGCAGCUACGCGGCGUUGCACAUGGAUACCAUUCCCAAGUUGAUCAAUCAUUUGUUGGUAUUGAUGGGCUUUUGCAAUUUCAUGAUGUUUCUGGGCUCUUGGAGUACCGUGAUGCUGCCCGAUAUGGGAUUGAAUACUCCUCUGAUUGCGUUCUUGUUGUGUUGUCAGAAUGCUUGUCUCUGGAUGGUAUUCCAUUCGACCAAUAGUGUUCAAUAUUAUUUGCAGCCUACCGAAUUCAUGGUGGGCAACUGUCUGGGCAUUACGAUUGGAUCGGCCUUGUUGGCCAUGGUCUUUUCCAAUUAUUUCCGCAAUAUCAGUCGCUGCGAUGUGGCGCAAGGACAUCCCGUCUUUGAAUAUUUCUGUGGCAAUCCACGACAAAAGGCCAAAUUGGCGUCGGUCAGUUUUUGGAGUGGAUUGGUCUUUUGGCUGGAAUUCUUGGUCUCUAUACUCAUUGCCAUGGGAAAACAAGAAUUAAUUCAAGUGGGAUCCCAAAAUACCAUGUACGAACAUAUCGAUGGACGAUUUUCCGAAUACAGCACGCAACAGCAACCACAGCAACACCAACAACAGUCACCACAAGAACCACAAUCCUCUGCUGCUGGAUUCUUGGGAACCUUUGCCGGGUCUUCCUUUCAAGGAUCAGCCUACUCGACCGUGCCAGAUAUCAAUACCAAUCCUGCACCAUCUGUUGCAUCUACUGGUGGCUACCAUAAUAGUGGAAGCGCCACAAAUAAUCAGCAGGCAGCAUCACCACAAUCAUCCGCAACUAUAAACAAUCCACUGGGGAAUGUAUAG